AUGUCUUUAUCUUCUUCAAAUCUCAAUGAAGAUACUCAGGAUGGUCUCAAUAAUUUCCAAGACGAGGCGAGCACUUCCGAAAAUACACCUCUUAUUUCUUCGGGAAAUGAUGAGGAAAUAAGAGAUGUUAUAACUGAUAAUACCACCUCUACGUCAAAAUUCGCUACCUUUAUUCAAAAUCUUCCGAAACCUCAUACUUUAUGGAUGAUACCGUUUUCGUUCUCUUUAUCAGUUAUGAUGACAGCUGUAUUAGCACCUUCAGUACAAUUAAUUCUUCGAAUAAUUUGUCUCGAGUACAUUGAUCGAGAAAAACAAACGGUGACAAUUUGGGAUGAUCUCGAAGAAAAUGAGAAAUGUCGGGAACCCGAGAUUCAAUCAUUGACCGCCAAUUUUUUAUUAUGGUAUCAAUUGUGUGGAUUUAUAGCAGGAACAUUGUCCAUUGGAUAUAUAUCAACUUUGUCAGACUACAAAGGUCGUCGUUUUGCUUUUCUACUUGCUAGCGCUGGAAUUAUAGUUGCGGUGACAAAUGUAAUUUUUGUUGCACAUUAUUGGAAGAUUGUGGGCUCGAAAUUUCUAUUCCUUGGUAUGAUAGUGGAAGGAAUGCUGGGCGGAAUUAUCUCUAUUAAUACAGCAUGUCAUGCAUAUAUAAGCGAUUGUACAACAGCAGACAAGAGAAGCAUUUCUUUUGGGUAUAUGCAUGCUUCCGCGUACUCUGGAAUGACUCUACGUAGAGCACGUAAAGAACACUCGUCGACAUCAGGAGCUUCACCGAGAAAUAUUUUUGCUGCGCUUACUAUUUUGUCACAGAAGCCGACUGAACAAUAUCCCGGCGAGAGAAGCAAUUGGCGUGGUCGAAAUACAACCUAUAUACUUGCUGCAAUUUAUUUUCUGUAUAGAGUGUCACAAGCUAGUCAAAAUAAUAUUUUUAUACUAUAUGCAGCACAUAAAUUCAAUUGGACGGCACUGGAGAAUGGAUUCUUUCUCUCGACACAAGCAUUUUCGAAAUUUCUUGCAUCACUUUUACUUCUUCCUCUAUUCAAUUUUCUAUAUCGUCGAUUCUUUGUCUCCUCCACAUUUUCCCGAAGCUUUGAUUUAUCAAUGAUACGACUAGGAAUAGGUUUGGAAAUCCUAGGAUUUAUAUUAUUCGCCACGGCCGUUCUACCCGCAAUGUUUUAUUUCGCGUGUGUAAUUAAUGCAUUGGCAACCAUUGCAACUCCCGCACUUCGAUCUCUGUUCACUACUCUUGUGUUGCCUACUCAGGCUGGACAGAUUAUGGGGGCGUUAAGUGUAAUCGAGAGUAUCGGGAGUAUUGCAAGCCCACUUUGGAUGAAUCCUUUGUACGCUUGGGCGGUGAAAAAAGGUGUAGCAGAGAUCGUGUUUUGGGCUCACUCUGCGAUAUUUAUUUUGGCUAGUUUUCUCGGAUUUUUGGUUUAUUGA